AUAUGAGUAAAGAGUCACAGCAAGACACACCUCCUGGGUCUGCAGACGAUCCGGCAAACACAGGUGCAGGGACAGUUCCCCUCAUGCACAUGCAUGCCAGUUUCCUGACUGAGUUUUCACGACUUUUCAAAAAUUCUGUCAUUGUUUUCUUUCUGUGAUUCAAAGAGGACUGGUAACUGCAAACUCUGGGAUGGCACAAUCUCACACAAGUUACUCUACAACGAGAGGAGAAGUUACAUCUAAGUGGCCAGAUGUAAUUAAGAACAGUGUACAGAUUGCAACAGAACCCAAACAAACAUACCUGCUGAGCACAGCCAAGAUAGCACUGAAUAAAGAUGGAACAGCCAGGACAUACACGUUUAUAAGAAAGGACCUCAAAAGGAACAGGACAAUCAUGAUGAUGGGAGAAACAGGAACAGGGAAGUCUUCGCUCAUCAAUAUGAUGGUCAACUACAUGCUGGGUGUAAAGUGGGAAGACAAGAUCAGGUUUGAAAUCAUUCCAGAUGAAAGCAAAAGACCUCAAACUGAAUCUCAAGCCACUGUGAUUACUGCCUAUGAAAUUUUUGGGCUGGAGGAACUGUCUGUUCCUUUUUCCCUCACAGUCAUUGAUAUGCCAGGAUAUGGAGACACAAGAAGUCUGGAUAAAGAUAAACAAAUAGCUCAGAAUCUGUACACAUUUUUGGAAUCUUUAAGUGAUGUUCAACAAAUAGAUGCAGUUUGCCUCGUGGUGAAGGCAUCUCAAUAUCGCCUAAGUCCCAGCCAGAAAUACAUCUUUGAUGCCAUUCUGUCUGUCUUCGGGAAGAACAUGGAGAAAAACUUCAUGAUUCUCAUCACCUUCUCAGACUGGAUGCCACCUCCAGCUCUUAAGCUAGUUUCUGAGUCUGGUGCACCUUUCCUCAAAGAUGAAAAUAAUGAACCUGUUCACUUCCUGUUCAACAACCUUCCUCCUCAGAAGUUUGCUAAGAAAUACGAAGAGACAUAUAAAACAGCCUGGGAUAAUGGAACAGAGAGCUUCAGAGAGUUUUUCGAAACUUUGGAUAAAAUGGAACCGCAAAGCUUGGGGGAGAUUAAAAAUGUCUUGAAGCAACAUCAGUGCUUGGAAGAUUUUUUCUUGAGAUUGGAGAGUCAGAUCAGGGUUGUGGAGGAGAAGCACAAGGCAUUUGAGGAUGUUCAGAAAACUCUGGAAGAGCACAGGCAAGACUUGGAGAAAAAUAACAACUUUGAGGAUAAAAAAAAUGUCAGAAAGAAGAUCAGAAUUGGCAAAAGCAUACUUUUCUGCCCUGUGUGUGUGGCAUUAUGCCCCCAUCCUUCGGUUCUGCAGUCCAACAGCAGCAACUGUUCAGCCUGUCCCAAAAAAUGCAGCUAUGAGGUCCACAACAUCAAUGAAGAAAUAUUUGUGGAACAAAAUGAAGAAAGAACUGGAAUUAGUAAGGACCUGAAUAAAGAAGCUGAAGGCAAAAUAUCUGCAGCGGAGAAAGAGAUGUCCAAGUGUGAAAAGGAGUUGAAGCAUGCAGAGGAUCGGAAAACAAAUCUCAUAGAAAGGAGUUUUCAGUGCAUUCUCCAGCUCAGAGACCUUGCUCUGAAGUUCGAUUCAGCUUCUACUCGUCAAAAAAUUCCCAGGCUGAUUGAAAUGCUGAAGGAGUACAAUGACACAGAGAAAGUGGAAACGCUGCAGAAGAUUCUGGAAAACACUGCAUGAAGAGACAAACAGAUGUGGGGAAGACAUGUGUAGCUGUGUGCUUGAAUGCUUUUCUUGUACAUGUAGUAUGGUUAAAAUUAUAUUAUGCACAAACCUGAACACGAGUGUAUUUACCAAGGAAAUCCUCUGAUGCUACUACAGACAACAGCUACCAAAAUAAACCAUCUAAGGUGUAUUCAGUCAGGAUUCACACUUUAAUUAUCUCUACCUCUUGUGGUGGAACCUGUCAUCUCCAUAGAAACUACUGAAGAGACACUCCCAGGCUCAACAGAACAAAAGUUGAGGUGUUCAGAGAAGUAAUGAUAACUAGAAAGGUUACAAUUCCUGAAGGAAUUGUGUGGGCUUGCUUCAAAUUCCAACUGGCACUGCAUUCAAGCCUCAUUGCAUUUCAAUGAGGGCCCAAAGCUCAGAAGAAGCAAGAAACCGUCCAGACCCACAGUGCACUGUAGUGUUACAUACACAGCCGGGGAUCAGCAAGUAAAGAUUAUGUUCCAGGGAUUAGUCAUAUCCUAAAAGUGUCAUGAGUAAAACUUGGCUAACUACAUAGCUAGCUAGCUAUGGCAUGUCCUCACAUCUGUAAUGUU